GAGUUAGGAAUAAUCGAAAUCCAUAAAUCACCAAAGUUUAGAAAACUCGCCAACCUCACUUUUUUAGAACGCCGAGUUUAAAAAGUUUAAUACUAGCUAAUUAUUACCAUCUAUUGGUAUAGUUUUCUAAGCUGAAUUUUUAUCUUUUGUGUUUCUUUUAAAAAAUUGUAACCGCGUGUAUUUAACAAAUGAUAGCUCUAACCCUCCCUCUACACCCCUAGGUAAUCACGUGAUCUGUUUCGCCAUCUUGGAGCAGAGCCCACGAGGUUUGCGUUGAAAAAGUACGUUUACCGGACUCAAAGGGAAGAUAAGGAUGCCCUCUAGUAAUCCUUUACCACCUAAAGAAAAUGCUCUUUUCAAAAGAAUACUGAAAUGUUACGAGCAGAAGCAGUACAAAAAUGGGUUAAAAUUUGCAAAACAGAUCCUCACCAACCCAAAAUAUUCAGAACAUGGCGAAACCUUGGCGAUGAAAGGUCUCACAUUGAACUGUCUGGGACGUAAAGAAGAAGCAUACGAGUAUGUGAGGAGAGGUCUGCGUAAUGACCUCAAGUCUCAUGUUUGUUGGCACGUGUACGGACUUCUUCAAAGAUCGGACAAGAAGUAUGAUGAAGCCAUAAAGUGUUAUCGAAAUGCGCUCAAAUGGGAGAAGGAUAACAUACAGAUUUUAAGGGACUUGUCAUUGCUCCAAAUACAGAUGAGAGACUUAGAAGGUUAUAGAGACACAAGGUAUCAGUUGUUCAUGCUGCGGCCAACACAACGAGCAUCAUGGAUCGGUUUCGGCAUGGCCUAUCAUCUUCUUCAAGAUUACGAGAUGGCGUUAAAGAUACUGGAGGCCUUCAGAAAUACACAGCUGAAGAGCUCGUACGACUACGAGCACAGCGAGCUGCUGCUGUACCAGAACAUGGUGAUCCAGGAGUCUGGGGCCCUCAAGGACGCGCUGGACCACCUAGAGCUGCACAGCGACCAGAUAUGCGACAAGCUGUCCGUCAUGGAGACCUGUGGCACCCUGUACCUGGCGAUGAGGAUGUUCGCGGACGCGGAGCGGGUGUACCGGGAGCUGCUGCUGCGGAACCCGGAGAACGUCCUGUACUACCGGAAGCUGCUGGAGGCGCAGCAGCUGACGGCGGUGGAGCAGAGGCUGGAGCUGUUCCAGCGCUACCAGGAGCUGUUCCCCCGGGCCCUCGCCCCCAGGAGGCUGCACCUCAACUACGCCACGGGGGAAGUGUUUAGGAAACUUGUGGACAAGUAUCUUCGACAAGGUCUGCAUAAAGGGGUACCACCUCUGUUUGUAGAUCUACGGUCUCUCUAUAAAGACCCAGAGAAAGUUGAAAUCAUACAGAGACUGCUGCUCCAGUAUGUCGAGGGCCUCAAAAAAGUUGGCAGAUUUAGUGAAGAAGAAGCAGAAAAUGUGCCAAAAGAACCACCCUCUGCCUUAUUGUGGGCCUAUUAUUAUUUGGCCCAACAUUAUGAUUUUUUGGGCCAGACUGAUCAAGCUCUCUCCUUUAUUGAUGCGGCCCUUGAUCACACACCUACUCUUAUUGAGUUAUUUGUUACCAAAGGAAGAAUAUACAAGCAUGCUGGUGAUGUGUUUGAGGCAUACCGCUGGCUAGACGAAGCACAAGGCCUUGACACUGCUGACAGAUACAUUAAUUCAAAGUGUGCCAAGUACAUGCUGAGGGCCAACUUGGUUAGAGAGGCAGAGGAAACUUGCUCUAAGUUCACACGGGAAGGAGUAUCUGCGAUGGAGAACCUCAACGAAAUGCAGUGCAUGUGGUUCCAGACGGAAUGUGCCAUGGCGUACCAGAGGCUAGAGAAGUGGGGCGAUGCCCUUAAGAAGUGCCACGAAAUUGACAGGCAUUUCUCUGAAAUCAUAGAAGAUCAAUUUGAUUUUCAUACGUACUGCAUGCGGAAGAUGACGUUGCGAUCCUAUGUUGGCCUUCUGAGAUUAGAAGAUAUUCUGCGAUCUCAUCCGUUCUAUUUCAAAGCAGCUCGGUGUGCAAUUGAAGUAUAUCUGAGGUUACACGACAAACCUCUGAAGGAUGAAACGGCAGAGCAAGAAUUGAAUACAGAGAACCUGGCGCCGGCGGAGCUGAAGAAGCUGCGCAACAAGCAGCGCAAGGCCAGGAGGAAGGCGGAGCUGGAGCGCCAGCAGGCGGCGCAGGCGCAGGAGAAGCGCGAGCAGCACAACAAGUCGCGGCAGCAGGGGGACGCGGAGCCCGACGCCCUGCAGCAGGACGAGCUGGUGCCCGAGAAGCUGGCCAGGGCCGAGGACCCCCUGGGGCAGGCCGUCAGGUUCCUGCAGCCCAUGCAGACCCUCGCCGCGCAGAGGGUCCAGACGCACCUCAUGGCCUUCGAGAUAUACUCCAGGAAGCAGAGGCCCCUGCUGAUGCUGCAGUCGAUCAAGCGUGCGUACCGCCUGGCCCCGGACCACCCCCAGCUGCACUGCUGCCUCGUGCUGUUCUGCAAGGGCAUGGCGCGGUGGCAGGGCAGCCUGGAGCCCCCUGUGGCCACGGUCAUCCGCCAGGAGAUGGAGCCCAUCUCCGGGGGCCGGAGCGCCCACCAGCUGAACGAGCAGUUCCUAGCGGCCCACGCCCGCGACCUGGAGGCCCUCUUCCAAGGUGCUCGAAUGAUGUACCAUCUUGAUCCGCUUAGACAAGAGGAAGCUAUUAAGCUAGCUACUAAAUUGGAUAAAGAUAUCCAGAAUGUUAACUUAAAGACAUGCACCAAAGUGCUGACUUCGCUGAAGAACGGUGAGUUUGGUUCUUGCCCAACUCAGAUUGCAGAGUACAAAGAGAGCUGUCACACCCGGUUCCCCUACGCUCAAGUCUUCCGGCCGUCUUUGUCCUGCCAUGCCCUCAGCGAGAGCAAUCACGUGUCGGAAGGGCAGGAGAACUCCGUCAGCAACUGAUGUUGGCCUUGGCGUACUAGGUGCUACCAUCGUUGCGUCCCUCAACAGAACUCUCUAAGUAUGCUGCCGCCCUGCCCUGGCAGUGUGGGUCUUGCGUGAACAGAACUGAAGUUUCAGCUCAUUAUUAGAUACAAAGUGCUGUUUGAAGUGCAGACAAAGAUAAAUAUAUCAGUUGAGAGACUUUUGUUUUUAUAGGAAAUGAAUUGUUGGACACUUGCGAACACUUGAUUGUUAAUCCUGUGAACGUUAUCAGUAUCCUUCUUAGUAAGUGCAGAUACCGUAACUUCACUUCGUAGGAUUCCAAUGGGAGCUGCACCCGACAACAUGCAUCAUUGAAAUAAUUUAACUCAAUAAGGGUGCGUUGGUCUUGAUAUUGGCGAGUAUGGUAUGUAGUUGCCAUCCUGAAUCUUGGGCAUGUAUGCUGCUCACAUGCCUACAUAACUUUUAUUACAUGAUUGUAUAAAGCUAGUGUUUUUGUUUCAGGUAAAUAAAAAUUCAAGUGUAAUGUUACAGUUGUUUGUUAUGUGUGUGCAGAGUAUCUUUUUUCAAGAGAAAUAUAUGUUUUUUAAUAUUUUUUAUCUGAAACAAGACAUAUUCUUGUUAUGUGCAUUAAUUUUGUGAUAUUUUAAAAGUAAGUCUACUGAUCAUAAUUAUUUAAAUUCCGUAUAGUUGUCACAAAAAAAUAUAUAUGAUUUUGCUUGUACUGUUGGAGGGACAUAUAACUGGGUAGCAUUUGCUUUCUAAUGGAAUCCAGAAGUACAGAAGUCUAGAAGCCUGUCUCUCAAGACUGGAACUUCAUCCUCUGCAUACAGCGUGGAGUUGAUUGCCCCCCUGGAAGAUGUACAUAGUGUUCAUUUCUACAUGCCGUUCAUUUUGUACUUCUCCUUGCUUUCAUGUCCCUUGUCCUAGCAGUUUGCCAACAAACAUUCUGCCUCCAAAGCACCAGGUCUGUAUCAUAGUGUGUGAUAAGUUGGGGGGGGAAAAAAUGUUUAAGAGUGUGACGCUUGUGUUGCAAAAGUUCCACUUGAUUGCUCCCUAAUUUUGUACAGGCAUGAAGAUGUGUGAAAAGUAACCAGUAGAAGUUAUAAUAUAGUUUGAUUUAAUGCCUCUUGUUAUUUAUUUGAUUCAGUUGUAAGUGUAAUUUUAUGAAUUAUAAAUAUUGGAACCGUUGCUGCCAUUACAUUCAUCGCAGUGGUGUUUUUCUGUACCUACAUUUGUUAGUAAUUUUUUUAUUGAUUGUACAGUGUACUUUAUUUCUUAUUCCUAAAUAAUUGCAUUGAUAGAACUGAUAGGUCUAAAAUAAGUUUGUUCAAAAAGUAUACAAAGAUUUAAGCAACAUUUCUGCAUUAAAAAAAUUCACAUAUCAAAAUUUUUUUUAAAUUAUAUCCAUUAUGAUUUUAUUUGUUGCAAGUGUGUUUGCAUUUCGUUGAUGCCUGCCAAUCAGUUCGUGAACAUGAAUAAAUUAUAAUGUGGUAAAAUUAAA